AUGUCGCCAGUCGACUCGGCACCAUCUAGCUCCCACUUACCUGUACACUCGCCCGCCGCAUCAGCCUCUCAAACAUCUUCUUACGUCAAUUCUGCUCGGCACUACGGAGACGCUAGGUUCGAACAAGAGCACUCUCUGCGCGGACUUCCCGUCUCCCCUUCACCUCCAUCACAUCUCCAGACGUUAGUUCUGUUAGAGAACACCAAAACAAGCCCCCAUUUUACUAUCGGUGCUGGUACAACUGUUGAAUCGAGCUCCGGGUCCGGGUCGGCUACAAACGCGAGUCUUGACCCCGACCGGAGUCUCAAGUUAAUGGGCUCUACAAAGGAGCCACAUCCGAAAGACGCGAUAGCUGUCACGACACCAAACCCCAGGAUAAUUACGACACUCCGGUUUCAAUGGGGUUCCUUCAAGAAGCAGAAGUACCAGAACUAUUCCGUUUCACUACUGGACCCGGCUUUACACACGCCCACCUACGUUCGGACUCGCUCCAGCGUCCUCUUUACCGCGAUCCUCACUGUGUCCUGCCGAUUCGCCAGACCCAAUGCCUGGGAGAACUGCAAUUCCCUUGGUCAGACUCUUCUGGGCAGAGCGCUUGCCGACGGAAUUUGCAGUAUCGAGUACGUACAGGCGCUCUCGUUGCUCACGUUCUGGAAGGAUUCUCGGGACUCGAGUAGUUGGCGAAAGGUCGGAUUGGCUAUUCGGAUGGCAUAUGAACUUAAUCUUCAUGAACCCCGAACCGAGCCGCUUUCUCCAGACGAGUUGCUCGCUCGGGAACAACUGAACAAGGAGAGGACUUGGCUACAUGUGUUCGCAGAGCUUGUUUGCUAUGAUAUGACAACAGCAAUGCAAAGGAAUAAGCCUCAAAUGGUUCCGAAUUACAGUCUUCCGGAUGCGAUAGAAUGGCUAGGAGAUCAUCCAGAUUUUCCUUGCAAUGCAGAUGCGAUGCUUGUGAUCUCAUCAUCGUUUGGUGGUAUUCGGCUGUUAUGCCAUUCGCUUUUCUCUUCAAUGACGACGGCCAACAAGGCUGCAUUUGAACCGCUGAUGAGACACGUCUCUAAUCUGCUCGACGAACGAAUCAAACGAUGGAUCAAUACUGACCAGAGAAUCAACCUCGCGCCUGUCUCUAGGGCGCUUCUUAAAUUCCAAAGUUUAAAUCUCAAACUUCUGGUGGCCGAACUGAAGCUACUCAAUCUGAUACAACCUCAAUUGACUGCGACUAGGAUGCAAACGCUCGAGUGCAUCAAAUGUGCCAUGGACGUUUUGCGUCACGUUAUUACUGAACUGGUUCCGAACGGAUCGAUCAUCUAUUGCCAGGAUAUGCUCGCGAUUUCUUGUGCAUAUGCAGGUGUCUGGCUUUUUAAACAACUGCCUCAUGUCGACGAAGGGCUAUCCAACGAAAUCAUUGAUGUUUUCAACGGUGUUUCGAAUGCGUGCCGAGCACUCGCUCGACAGAAAGGAGAUACACCGUCUCAUUUCGUUCAGUUCUUCGACCACCUUGUCCGGAAUGCUAGGAGCCACACAACAUUGAUCGUAGGACGCCAGCAGACAAGUCCAUUCGGCCAUUUCGGUAAAAACCGCUACCGGCCAGGCCAAGUUUCGGCUUCGAUGCCCGAGUCGGUCAAUAGGUACGUUGUACCAGAGCUUAUACCACCUCUGGAAGGGAUGGAUUAUCAAUGGACAAACGUAAUGAACGGACUAAAUGAUUGGUGGAGAAACUUCAAUUAUCUAGGAGCCGACGCUGUAAAAAGUGACUUUGCGAUGGGGAACCCGAUGUGA